GCAGACCAACAGCCGCUGCGGAAGGUGAUGUGUGUAACAAAAAAAUCAAAUAUAGUUUAAUAGUGAUAAGUUUUUUUUUUUAAUUUCCAUUGGUUGUUUUCGCGAAAAGCGCGAACUCUACGCGACCGCUAGCUCGCGAGUGAUAAUUUGAACUUUAUACUCGAUCGAACGACUGCUACGUCCACGUUCGGCAAGGCGCCAGUUGGCCGAUAGUUACCCGUGCCGCUCUAGCAGCUCGAGACGUUUUCCGCGUGACGAGUGGUCCCAAACGGGUCGUAGGAAAAAAACAUGGAAAACGAUGAAAAUAUCGCAGUACACAAAACACAGCCGGUCAAUGGAAUCCAAAGAAACACAUUUAUGAAUGGACCAGAUCAAGUGGUGCCAUCUUCAAAUUACAACGUAUGGGAACCAGAGGGCGCUGUGAAGCUACGUCUCGCGCCGCGAGGCGUGGCUGCCGAGCCGCCUGUGUCGGUUCCGGGACUGCUCACGCGCAUAGCCUCACGAUACCCGGACCUAAAGGCACUAUGCACCAAAAAAGCGGACGGAAAAUGGCACAAAAUCACUUACAAACAGUACAGGGAGCGGGUACGAACCGUCGCCAAGGGCUUUCUGAAACUGGGCCUAGAACGAUACCACUCCGUGUGUAUCAUAGGUUUCAACUCCGAGCCUUGGUUCCUGUCAGAUCUCGCAGCUAUACACGCAGGAGGUUUUGCAGCGGGCAUCUAUACAACGAACUCUGCUGAAGCCUGUUUCCACUGCCUUUCUUCUUCGCGCGCCAACAUUUGCACAGUGCAAGACAAAAAACAAUUGGAAAAAAUACUAUCUAUUAAAAGCCGGCUUCCACAUCUUAAAGCCAUCGUGCAAUGGGAGGGUACAGUGGACACGUCAAUACCAGGUGUUUACAGUUGGGACCAGCUAAUGGAGAUAGGCAGCAAAGAGUCAGACACAGCCCUUGACAACGUCUUGAAGCACAUAGCAGUCAACGAGUGCUGUACAUUAGUUUAUACGUCGGGGACUGUGGGCCCGCCUAAAGCAGUAAUGCUCUCCCAUGACAAUCUCAUUUGGGAUGCCCACACUAUCUCCAUUCGAUGCGGGGACAUGCAGCCCGAAGCAGAACGUCUUGUCUCUUUCUUGCCUCUCAGUCACGUCGCCGCUCAGGUCUUAGAUAUAUACACAUCAAUGACGAAAGGAAUCUCAGUGUUUUUUGCACAACCAGAUGCACUUAAAGGCAGCAUAGUAGAAACAUUGAAAGAAGUGCGACCUACAAGAUUUCUAGCAGUACCAAGGGUAUUUGAAAAGAUGCACGAGAAAAUUGUAGCAGUCGGAGCAUCGAGAGGAGCUAUCACUCGAUACAUCGCCGGUUUGGCUAGAAACGCCACAUACAAUUACCACAUGGCCAGGAUAGAUGGGUACGAAGGUACAUCUUUCGGGUACAGACUCGCCAAAUCUUUGGUGAUAAGUAAAGCUCUAGACGCUUUAGGUCUAGACCAAUGCAAGAUGUAUAUAUCAUCAGCAGCCCCAAUGUCGCCGGAGAUAAAGAAAUUCUUCAUGUCUCUCGAUAUGCCAAUCGUAGAGGCGUUUGGCAUGAGUGAAAUGGCAGGGGCUCAUGCACUCAGCAUCUAUCCAAAAAUGAAACUCGACUCAGUAGGAGAGUUGCUAGAUGGUACUGAGACGAGGUUCGACGGCUCCGUCAGUCCCAACGGUCCCGGAGAGAUCUGCAUGCGCGGCCGCCAUCUUAUGAUGGGUUACCUCAACGAUAAAGAGAAGACUCAGGAAGCUAUAGACGACGAAGGCUGGAUACAUUCAGGGGACAUCGGCAGAGUCGAUGAUUUUGAUUUAUUAUACGUCACUGGCAGGAUAAAGGAGCUGCUAAUAACAGCGGGCGGUGAGAACGUUGCACCGGUACCUAUAGAGCAAGUAGUACAAGCUGAGUUACGACACGUUGGAUAUGCUGUACUUAUCGGUGAUAAACGAAAGUUCCUAUCCAUGCUCAUCACCAUCAAGACUAAAGUAGACAAUGAAACGGGCGCAGCACUUGAUGCACUGGAGCCUGAAGCACAGAAAUGGGUGACCAGUCUAGGCAGUAAAGCGACGACCCUCAGUGAGAUAUCAAAGACCAAAGAUCCAGCUGUACACAAAGCCAUAGAAGAAGGUAUAGCACGCGCAAACAAGAAGGCUAUCUCAAACGCACAAAAAGUACAAAAGUUUGCUAUACUCCCUGCAGAUUUAUCGAUGCCCUCGGGAGAAUUAGGACCAACGUUAAAAAUUAAAAGGAAUGUAGUCUACGAUAAAUACAAGGAUAUAAUAGAAGAUUUUUACAGAGAGUGAUAUUUUAGAUUUAAGCUUAGUCAAAGGAAAAGGGGGGUGUAAAUUAUUGACCGUGGUAGUAAUUCUGCAGCAUUUCGCUAAAUUUUAAUAAUCGUGAUAAAACUGAUGUCUGAAGAUAAAAAAAAAUUACAGUAGAACCAUGUUUAUAAGUAACACGGAUAUAAUUUUACCUUUGUAACUUGACACCUUUGCUCGUUUACUAUUGCCGAUGUAACGUCAAUCGCAAGUUAUAUAAUGUGCA